CAGAGAGCCUUAUCGAGAACUCUCCAUUUUAUUUUUAUUUUCUUUUCGAUUUAGUAACCAAACAUCAGCUAGUCGACCAUCCAAUUCUACCAAUUGCCCUUCCAAAACCAGAUUGUCAGGCUGUAUAUACUUGUCAAUAAAUAAUUUCACUAAGUAAGAUGCCUUCGGAGAAGAGGAAUAAAUUUCUAGACGCGGACGAGAGCGACGACGACAAUAGCCAGGGCUACAACUCCGAGGCGGAAGAAUUACAAAAAGGUGGUCGCAUUGCAAAGCGUCGCAAAUUAAGUGACGAUGCUGCUAGCGACGACGACAACGACGAAGUCAGCGCGGGAGAGGAGUCCGAGCAUGAAGAUACCAUAAAACGAGAUCAUUCGCAACGAGAAGCCUUAGAUGCGAAAACAGACGGAGACAAGUUAAAAUCCAAGCUAGACGCACUGCCAGAAUUACCAGAUGUUUCGCGCCCCUUGACCAAAAAGAACCUAGUAGCUACGGAAGCAGCCGUAAAGAAAUCCGGCCUCGUCUACCUCUCGCGCGUACCGCCCUUCAUGAAGCCCGCCAAGCUACGAUCGCUACUAGAGCCGUACGGCAAGAUCAACAGGAUAUUCCUCACGCCCGAGGACCCCCAAGAGCGCUCCCGACGGGUCCGGCAGGGCGGAAAUAAAAAGCACAUGUACACGGACGGCUGGGUAGAAUUCGUGCGCAAGGAAGACGCCAAGAAAGCCGUCGACCUCCUGAACGCUCGGACGAUAGGCGGCAAGAAGAACACCUACUACCGAGACGACAUCUGGAGCCUGCUCUACCUCAAGGGCUUCAAAUGGCACAACCUGACCGAGCAGAUCAACUCGGAGAUGGCGGAGCGGACAAGCAGGAUGAGAGCGGAAAUCAGCAAGUCGACCAAGGAGAACAAGGAGUUCGUGCGGAACAUCGAGAGAGCCAAGAUGCUGGAAGGAAUGCAGACCAAAGCGGCGGCAAAGCGGAGCAGGGAAGAGAAGGACAGCUCUGCUGCAGCAAGUAAAUCGGAGGAUAAGAGUAUGCGGAAGUUCAAGCAGGCUUCCGUGGCGACGAAGGCGGUAGACCUGGCUCCUGACGAGGCUAAACGAGUCCUGAGCAAACUUUUUUGAUUCUGAAAAUAAUGAUACCCGGCGUUUUGUAUAUCCCCGAGCUCGGAGUGAUAGGAUGCGUGUGUUGAUACGUAAUUUCAAUUGUACCUUGAUAAAUCCCCAUGGUAGGUAAGAGUCUCCCCGAGAAAUCAGAGCUAGGUACAGACGCAUAAAAACUAUGUGACAUCGAUGACAAGCUAAAUACGUGUAAAUAGAGAAUAGGAGGGCCGUUGUACGAGUAGCUACGACUAUUAUUUAUCGGAAUUAGGAUCUCGAACACUACGAAGUUGAAGGACUCCUAACACAUUCUGAGUAGGUCGAGCGUAGUAGAUAGACCUAACUCGGUUUAAUUUAUCAACA